CGGCGUAUGCUCUGAUGUUUAGCAGAACAUCGGACGAUGUAAAACGAUACCACUCACAUAAAGAAGCAAAGAAAGUGAGUGUAGUCAUGCAUGGGAAAACUAAAACACUCAACUCAUCAGAUCAGUGUCAACUUCACAACGGUUCUACUACUAGUAUUUACUGUCCGGGGUGGAAUAUGACUGUCCGGGGCCAAAAUACUUAGUUGUUGACAGUUUUACAACGAUAUCUAUUCACAAGGCUAAGUUGACCCGGGUCGAUGCGAAUAAGCAGCGUGUGUGAUUUGGGUUUUCACGUUGUGUUACACCUUGAGGCCGUGAAUUGCAAAUAUUCCUUCGACAGACUACAUCCGCAAGCAUACUAGUUACAGCGGGCGCAAGAUAUUUACAUAUCUAAUUUACACCUAACUCAUGCACCUGAUACACAGCAAUUAAGAUCUGACAUUUAAAUAUGGCUAGCUGGAAAUUACGAACUACUGUGAGGGUGCUGCUUUCAUCAUCCAGGAAGCAUUGUCAUUUACUGCGACUGCCAAAUACUAGGAUGUUCUACUGGAUGCCAAGAAUUCAGUAUGUACCAAAUUAUGUAUCAUGGUCAAAAAAAACAUACUGUGUGUCCUGGGACCCAGGUCCAUCGGAAGAUCAAAUCCAUCAUAGAGAUGCAGAUUGCAAUGGCAACAAAGAUGAUGAUCUAGAUUUAUUUAAGCUUAGUCAGUUUAAUGAGAAGAGAAGAGAAGACGAAUUAAAUGAUAUUGUGAUUGAUGAUAAUGACACAGAAGGCAAAAAAGUGCCCUCCAUCAGAAAUGGCAAGCAAGGACUGGUAACGCACAAAAUGUUUGAAGAUCUUGAUGAUGAAUUCUUGGAAAGUAUCCAGCCUUACAUAACUCCACAAUUACCAGUGUCUCCAACAUUUGCAACAUAUGUAGACCAAUCAGAAACUUUAUCUAACCUUGUCAAGAUUGGUAUGGACUUAUCAAAAGUCCAGAAGCGCUGGACAUUCAAAGAUAACCUUAUCAAAAUGGAUUUUGAUAAAGACAUCAAAGACAAACUCUCAUUUCUACACCAUGUUGGGGUUGAUGAUAGUCUUCUCGGAAAGUUUCUCACCAAGAAUCCUUUCAUUCUGAUGGAGAGUGUAGAUAAUUUAGAAGCUAGAGUGGCAUACCUGAAUUUGAAGAAUUUCACAGACGAAGCCAUCUCUCAGAUAAUCACAAGAGCACCAUAUUUUCUUAAUUUCAGUAUUAAAAGAAUUGAUAAUAAACUGGGUUUUUAUCGGAAAGAACUGAGUCUAACUGGAAAUGAGACAAGAUAUUUGAUAACAAGAAACCCAAAGGUAACAAAAAAAAACAUUCAUCCUGAGGAUUUUCGCUGUCUCUUGUUACCUGGUAAAUUAGCCACUGUGAAAAGAAGUAUAUUUGCCCUGAAGGAACAGAUGAGGUUUUCACAGAAAGAGUUUAAGAAGAUGGUUUUAAAUCAGCCCAAAAUACUACAGACAGGAAAAUUUAAACUUCUAAGUACAUUUGAUUACCUGCACAACACUGUGGGUCUGAAACACAAACAAUUUGUUCAGUUUCCGAGUGUGUUCAGAUCCAGCUUGCCAAGAAUCAAAGAGAGACAUCAAUACCUAUCAUCAUUGGGACGUGCACAGUACAACCCAACACAACCAGGCUACGUAACAUUAGAGAAGCUAGCCAUACUACCUGAUGAUCUAUUCUGUAAAGAUAUCGCUAGUCCUGAGAUGUUGCAGGUGUUUUUUCUUUUAUUUUUACAAAUAUUUCAGCGAAAACCAGAAGAGUUCUUUAGAAUGGAUGCAUGCAGUGGUUGA